UUUCUCAUACUCUUUGAUUGUGUUCACUUUCAGUCCAUAGGUUCGCUUAAGCCGGCUUUGAAGUUCAGAAACUAUGCGCAACCAUUCGCUUUCCCACUCACGCUCAUCAAUAACGGUCAUACAGCUGAUAUAACACUGCCUGAGACUGUACGUGGACUGCGGCCAACUAUUACAGGCGGUCUGUUGGAUGGUGUCUACGAAGCACAGUCGGUGCAUUUUCAUUGGGGUGCGCCAGGUGAUAUUAGGGGUUCGGAACACACCGUAAAUGGUUACCGUUACGAUGUGGAAAUUCACAUUGUGCAUAAAAAUAUGAAAUAUGGCAACGCAGAGGAGGCAAUGCAGUAUCCAGACGGUUUGGCGGUGUUGGCCAUUAUGAUUGAUAUUGUGGACAAUCCGCAAACGGAUUACCCAGGGCUGAAUAUAGUUUUAAAUGCAUUAUCCAGAGUGCAGGAGGCCGAUACGAAUACAACUAUAAUUAAUCAACUCGUCUUGAAUGACUUUUUGGGCGAUGUUUAUUCCAGAAACUUUUUUGCCUACAGAGGUUCACUUACCACACC